CCGGAAGUGGUGAACACCGGGCGUCAUUUUCAAAGCUCGUUAACGGCUGUUGUCUUGGUGCUGCGUUCCGAACCUGUAAACAAUAAAAUGUCUAGCUACUAAUAAACUUAACCGGUGAUGUUACCGUGAUGGUUUCACUAUAGCAGCCAACCGACUCCCGUGUAGAUUGUAUAUUGACUGAAAACUGAAAACAUGAUGGACAACCUGGAUUUCUCAGAAGAGGAAAUUCAAGAACAACUGGCAGCCCUGGGCUACAAAAACAUACCAAAACACAGGCUGCUUGAAUUCAAGCAAGAUCUCGAUGAACUGGUUCGACACGGAGAAUGGAAAAGCCUGGCCUCACCCGCUCAGAUAAACAACGCCACAUCUCAGCCGAGCCCUCCUGCCUUCACCAAAGAGAAAGUCAGUCGGUGCUCUGGUGACGGAUUCUUCUUACAUGCCGCACAAGCAGACCUUGACAGACAGGUGCUCAACACCUGUCAGAACAGAGAGUACGGGCGGCAGCAGGGAGGCUGCGACUCGUACGCUCAACACUCGGUGGCUCUGAAUCUCCGCCUGCCUGCAGGUGCUCCCAGCAGGCUGCAGGUGGAGGAGGAUCCUGACGACACCCUCCACCCUCCGCUCAGUGACAGCUGCACAUCCACGCCUGACUCCCACAGGGGACGCUUCAUCAGGAGGAAAGUCCUUAGGAAACAUAAAGGACAGUCGCUCGUCUGCGAUGAAUCCGUCUACAGUGAAGACUCAGACGCAGCGAGCUGUCUGGAGGAGCGGCUGGCGGAGCUCCAUUUAUCCACGUCGGCUCAGCGCCACUUUGAGACGGAGAGCGAAGACGCCUCCAGUCAGAGCGACGCGCAGCGCUCGGAGACGGAGGGACUCUCUUUGAGCGCCUUUGAAUCCUACAUAAGAGGCAUGACUCGAACCCAAAGUGACGGAGACCUCAGGCCCAAACCCAAAUCCUUCAUCCGACCAGUGAUCAGUCAGCAAACUGUAAAGAAGACGGACCCAGUAGCCAAGUACUUCCAGUACAAGCAGCUCUGGGAAAUGUUUAAACUUCCAGGAGAGCAGGACAGAAGAGCGCUCCGCUCGGAGAUAAAGGAACAACUUGCAUAUCAACCUCCAGCGCCUAAACCUCGGAGGGUUUACGUCCCGAACAGCUACGUCGUGCCAACAGAGAAGAAGCGUUCGGCGCUCCGCUGGGAGAUCAGGAACGAUUUAGCCAACGGUGUCCUUCCACACAAGUUCAGUUAUCGAUUCUAGACCGGUUGCUCUUUUUACAAACUUUUAAUACAACUUUGCAUUGUGUGUGUGUUUUUUUUACAAUUGGCAUUAUUUAUUCUGUUUUUGAUAAGCACAAUAAACACAUAAAGAAAA